AAAACGCUAUCUACCGCUUCCAAGCCCUACAAGAACCCAUUCCCUCCCUCACUCUUCUUUACUUCUCUAACUCUCAACUUCAAACCCUAUUUUUCUGCCUCUCUCUCUUCUUUUUCUCUCUCUCUCUCUCUCUCUCUCUCUACUCAAAAAACCAAACACCAUUCACUUUUUCACAUUCAAACUUCAAACCACACACACACCAAUGGCAAUUGAAAAUCAAGAAAAUACCAGUGUCAGAGAAAUCAAACCAAAGAACAGGAGAAUCAUGGGUGCUGGAGGACCUGAUGAUGAUGAUAACAGAUGGCCACCAUGGUUGAAACCAUUGUUGAAAGAAGCUUUCUUUGUUCAAUGCAAGAUACAUGCUGAUUCUCACAAGAGUGAAUGUAACAUGUAUUGUUUGGAUUGUAUGAAUGGUCCUCUUUGUUCUCUCUGUCUUGCUUAUCACAAAGACCACCGUUACAUUCAGAUUAGGAGGUCUUCAUACCAUGAUGUGAUAAGGGUGAAUGAGAUUCAGAAACACUUGGACAUUGCUGGUGUUCAAACCUACAUUAUCAACAGUGCAAGGGUUGUGUUUUUGAAUGAAAGGCCUCAACCAAGGCCAGGGAAAGGUGUCACAAACACUUGUGAAGUUUGUGAGCGUAGCCUUCUUGAUUCCUUCCGGUUCUGUUCUCUUGGUUGCAAGAUUGUGGGGACAUCUAAGAACUUCCAGAAGAAAAAGAGACAUUUAACAGCAAUGGCAUCAGAUUCUGAGGAGUCAUACAGUAGCAACAACAUUCAUAGCCGUCAGAAGAAAAUCAAAGUUCAAAGCUUCACACCAUCUACACCACCCCCAACUUCAGUUAAUUACAGAACAGCCAAGAGAAGAAAGGGAAUACCACAUAGAGCCCCAUUGGGGGGACUUGAUGUAGAUUAUUAUUUGCUAUAAUGCCCCUGAUAUAUAUACUAAUGCAAGUACUUUUUUUUUUUUUUUUUUAACUUUUAUUAAGAUAAACAAUGUUUUCUAGUGUUUUGUGUAUAUAAAAAAAUCCAAAUAGAAGUGGAAAAGGUUGAGGUAGUAGAAAAUAAAAGACACCUGUGAAAUAGUUGGUGGUGCAUUUAGCAAAAAGAAUGGGUGGACGUACCCGUGCGUGUAGCAAAACUAGUAAGUCUUUUUUAAUAUAGGUUUGUUUUACCAAAGUAAUUAUACCUAAGUUUUUUGGUUGGUGAUGUAAAUAUUGGGUUAGUAAGUGGGGGAAGAAAGGAAAUGAAAAUGUACUCCUUUGGAAAAAGGUGCUAUAUCUAAAUAUGGUAAUAGAAAAAAUAAAAGAGAUCAUAUUAUAUAUACA